UGAUUUACUAGCAGAUUUUUUGAGAGAACAAAUUCCCCAGGGAUUUAAAACUAGUCAGUUCACAGAAAAUCGGCUUAACAAACGCUAAAUCGUGUACUACGCUCAAAGCACUUUGUUAUGGGAAAUAGAAGAGCAAGACAAGGCCCUUCCCCUCAAGGUGCCUUGUCUGGCUGGGAAGAUGCGACAUACACAUGUGAAAUAGGUAAAUAACAGUAUGAGACAACACUAUACAUGAUCAGUAUGUGAGUGGCAGGGAUAGUAAAGUCUAUAAUGAGGCCUUCAGAGUAGGGCAAGGCAAUGAUAAGGGUAUAGCCCUUGACAGCUUACCAAGUGCUUUCAUAUCUGUUAUCUUGUAUACAUAUAUGUAGGGUGGGGGAAAGAUGGGGAGAAAUGAAGAUUGAAAGAGAUGACUCAGCUCUCCAAAUGGCAGAUCCUGGCUUGAAUCAAGGAAUUCUGAUGCUGCAGGUUUACUUAGAGUCGUUGAGCAUUGUGUGCCUUUGGGCCACCCAGUAAAGUGAAGCAUACUGCUUUCUGACUAGUAUUAAGACUUGUUAAUAUAGACUGCGUGUCCGGAAACCACCCUGCUGGGACGUGCUAGUCUACCAUGGCAAAGCUCUGUUUUGGGAAUAACGUCUUGCUGGAGACCUUUGAGAUUUGAAAUGUGGAAUGGAAAGGGAUCAAGAGAUUAUUAUUAAAAUAGAAUGGUUUUAGGGAAGACUGUUGCCUGAUGACAAGGCUGUCACUAUUGUUGUGUACUACCUGCCAUGAUGGGACCAGGCCAGCCAGCUUCCACCUGUGUUCAUCUAGCACCUAGGACCCAACUUGAUGGGAGGAGCGAUCCCACAGUUCUUCAGACCCAGAACCAGCUGCAGUUUAAUAGGAAUGUUCCUACACAUUCAAGCAACUUGGCAAUCCGAUAUUCUUGCCCGCAUGCCAUUAGAAUUGAAAAACUGAAGCACUCAUACAAUGAAUCAUACCAUUGUAAAGAUGCAGAUUGUAGAGUUGGUCCUGACCUAGGCAGUUCUGUGUCAUUUUCUGUCAUAUCAGAAGAGAGACUUAGUUAUGCUGUCCACCUAGCCAGAAGAGAUGUGAAACGAAGACAAUUUGAAGAACAUAUAAAAGAACAUCAUCUCAGAAGUCAGCCUCAAAGCUCUCGGAAGUGUGGACAUGCUAAGUGUAAAAUACCUGACCACAGGGUGGAAAGGAAGGAAUCAAAGAGUCAAGCAGCCUGUCAGUGCAGCCACCAGCCGUCCAAAGUAGAAAUCUCCAGCUCGGGUGCCAAAGUAUACCUUUACUCAUCUCAUCCAGGCCAGUCAGAUCUCACUGUGCCAAAUUCACCACCCACCCGUGAUCCGGGACUUCAGCCUCAUCCCAGGACAGGUGACCACAAAAGCAUAAGUGAACAGAAAAGCCUGCUAGAAGUCCAGCGACUCCAGAAAGAACUGAGCAGUUGUAUCCACAGAAUUGAAGAGGUAACGAAAAAAGGUAGACUAGAAGAAGCUUUGGAUCCAGAUGAAGAACGUCGAAUCCGUGUCAGGAGACAGGAGCAAGCUGCUCGCUCUGCCCGAAUGCUCUACGUGCUCCAGCAGCAGGUAAAAGAAAUCCAGGAAGAAUUGGAUAAAUUGAGUCCACAUAAAAUUAAACACACUAAGAAGUCAUGGGCAAUGUCUAAGCUGGCGGCUGCCCAUCGAGGAGCCAUUCGGGCCUUACAGAUGUUUGUCACUCAGUUUACUGACCGAGGGGAGCAUCCACUUCCUGGUCGGUAUAGGGAACUGGGCAGCCUUAUUCGCCAGCUUUCGCUUUGUUCUGCCAAGCUGGAUGCGGACCCUUCUGUUCCUGAUGUGGUUAUAGAUAUUCUGCAACAAAUUGAGGCUUUGGAAUCUCUCCUGGAAAAGAAACUGUCACCAAAAAAGGUGAAAAAAUGUUUCAGUGAAAUUCGGAGCAGAUUUCCUGUUGGUAGCCAAAAGGCCUUAGAGAGAUGGCCAAGUAUAUCACCAAAGGGUGAGAGGAGGCCCCUCACAGCAAAGGGCACAUGCCCACAGGAAACAAGUCAACCUUCCAUGGCAAAGCAGCUUCUUGCCGAUAAGUACCAGCCUGCUGCGGAGCUUCCGGAGACCCAGAGGUUGCAGAGUGAGCUUGAUGUAUUAGAUGCGGAUGUCCUUCCGGAAGAAGGACCAUUUAUUCUAGACCAAAGCGCAAGCUUCAAAGACGAGGUGUUAGCCGUGGCAAAAACAAAAGCAGUGAAGAAGCAGCCUGUGACUGAGAAUGUGCCAUUUAGGAAGAAAGAUACACUGGCGCCAGCACGGCAGCAAGGACUCCGCAAAGCUGAAAGAAGUAGACAAAGCCAACUUCACAGUAAAAGCAGAGUGCAGCAGACAACAGUUUCAUCCAGAUUAAAAAUGAACCGGCAGCCUGUGAAAGUCCGCAAGGCACCAUGGAUACCCCCAAAUCCCACAUCCCCACCAGCGUCUCCUAAAUGUGCCGCAUGGCUAAAGGUGAAAUCUAGCCCCAGAGAUGCCACCAAAGAGCCUCUCCAGCCAGAAGGUCCUCAAGAGGAAAGUCACCUGACAGGUGCUGUUGAGCACGAAGCAGCCAGGCUCGCUUGGCUUGAUGCUGAAACUUCCAAAAGAUUGAAGGAACUAGAAGAAUUAAAAGCCAAGGAAAUUGACAACAUGCAAAAACAGAGGCUUGACUGGCUUGAUGCUGAAACUUCUAGAAGAACAAAGGAACUGAAUGAGCUCAAAGCCGAAGAAAUGGAUAGACUCCAAAAAUUGAGUGUUUCUGCCACCCAGUUAGCAGACAAGGUAGAGGAGGCAGUUCUGGAUCGUUUGAAGCCUCUCUUGAUCAAGGCCCAGAGAGUCAAUUCUGCUACAGAAGCACAUACUCAUUUGAAGGAUGGCUCGUCAGUAAACACAGCGACAGCCCAGCCUGCACAGGAGGUUGCCGCUGUCGAUUUUGAAUCCAACAACAUUCGUCGGCUUGAUGAUUUUUUGGAAGAUUCUGCCCAUGAGCUCUGGGCUGUGACUCAUGCUAAGAUCUUGGGGUCUGAAACCUUAGCCACCGUUGAGGACAGCAAGGAUAGCCCAGAUCUGGAGAUCAUGAUGCGCAGAAUGGAAGAGAUGGAAAAAUACCAGGAGUCCGUUCGUCAAAGAUAUAAUAAAAUCGCAUAUGCUGAUCCUCAUCUCUGGAUGCAGGCAGAAAACAAGGACCAAAAAAUCUCAGCAGUAAGUGAAAAGCCCCCGUCUCCUCAUCUAAUCAGAAUCACGAAGACAGUGGAGCGCAAGGAUCCAGCCGUGAACAUCAUGUUAGAAAGGCCCUGGAAUGGCAAUUCCCUGGAUGAAAGUGUGGGAACAGAGGAGGGAUCAGAGAAAAGAGAGGCCCCCCUUCUCUCCCUUGCAGAAGAUUCUCAACAGAAAGAAGGCCGAGCUCCGCUCUUUGUCCCACCCGGUAUGCGGCACAGCAUCGGCGACUACUGCAGUCGUUUUGAGCAGUACCUUCGCAUCGUAUCUCAUGAGGCUGUAGGCUCCUUCAACCCGUGGCUGAUAGCUGAGAGCUUUUCAGAAGAGCUGGUAGAUGAAGCUCUGGGUGCCGUGGCUGCUGAACUUCAGGAUAUGUGUGAAGAUUAUGCAGAAGCUGUGUUCACCUCAGAAUUCUUAGAGGCUGCUACAUAAAGGCUCUCCGAGGCAAGGCCCUUUGUCUCACACUGGAGAAGGGAUGGCACUACCCUUUGUUUUGGCCCACAGGAAAUGUUCAUCCUCAGCUGUGCAUCCAGGCCCAGAAGGUGCUGCCCACGGAAAGGAAGGCAGUGCCAGGGAGGUCAUCCUCACUUGGCAUUUUCUUUUGUUAUGGCAAUGGUUCUAGAAAUGUAUGAUGCAAGGUAUUAUACUUACCGGUGCCCAGGAAACACGACUUGAUGAUGGCAAUAUUUUCAGAAUGUGUACUUUUCCUAUUGAAAUAUGAUGUUCAUUCCUCUGGCUCAGUUUGGUGAUGAAAAUGUUUUGAAAGAUAAUCGAUACGUAUAUUUCACACUCGGAUUCAGGUUGCUUUUGAACCCUUGGUGGCAUUGAUGCCAACACAAGUGCAGCUACUAGCUGGUCCCAUCGCCGGGCCCCUGUUUUGCAUCUUUGGCGAUUUCCUGUCAGGACCUCUGGCCCUACUAGGCUACAGACUCAGGGAGAGCACAGUUUGGCUAUGCUGCCAAACCUCUGCUCUGCUGCAGCUUAUUACAAACAGGAGCCCCCCACCCCCGGUUGUCAGUGCACAAUAAUAAACACACAUUUCUUCAAUGUUCCAUUCCUAGGUGAUUUUCACAUUUUUAGUUCCUCAGCAUAUUUUAUUGCUGUGUUUGACACAAUCUGGUACAAAAAACUUUCUCUGGAUUCAGAGGAAGUUUGAGGAAUCAGGAGAGGCCCAGGCCGUCUCUGUGCCUGGCAGAAGGUACAGAGCUCGCCGUGUCUCCGAUGAGGUCAGAAGUGUCUCUAUUUCAUACCACAAAGGAACUCUGAGUGGGAGUAGAGAACAGACGGGUGGCGCGGAGACCUCUGCGUCUUCCCAGACGGGUGGCGCAAAGACCCCUGCGUCUCCCCAGACGGGUGGCGCGGAGACCCCUGCGUCUCCCCAGAGAGAGGAAGAAACUUAAGAACCGUCAUGACCUGGUCCUCCAACAUCUUACAGAUCAUGUUUUCCAAGAGAAAAGCCUGUGUUUUCAGAAACUCUGCAUUCAGAAAAAGAAACAGAAUGUGCAUAAGAAUCAGGCCACUGCCUGGGAAGACUUCCUCUCAGUUCCUAGCCUGAGGCUCAGUGAAGGAAACGUGCAGAAAGAAUGCCCGAGACGCCCCCAGGGAGUAAGGGAACUCUUUAUGACCCGUCCAGUGCUGUCAUCUGGGAUUUUUCUCUGAAGUACGAGAAUUUCAGGUGAUUUAAGCUGCUUGAUCACACUUAUUUGUUCACAAUUGAUUUUCAUUUAAUGUUAAUGUUUUCCUGCUUAAUUUUAUAUAACUUCAGAAUGUAAAGAGCUUCAAGGUAAAUUACAAGGUCUUUCAACUGGGGAGUUAAAUGUGUACACUUGAAUUAAUAGGAGCACCUGUCAUUGCUAGUCUAAAGUAAUUUGUGUGGCAGUUUGUACUGUGCUGAUUUUUAAAAAUAAACCCAAUAUUUUAAAGUA